UCACAUGAUGCCGACGGAAAGGAAGGAACGGCGACGACUACGGAAUAGCUACAAACCUCACGGUCCAGUCGCUUGUCCUCGAAAUCCACCCCGACAUCACUCUUCUCUUCUCUCAAUAUGACUGUUGCCGAGUCAGUCAAGAGCGCCGUUGGGCUCUCGAGCAGCACCGCCGCCUCCAGCCAGGAAAUGUCGGAUGCUCGUCUUCCCCUUCAGUACCGCGACUCUUGCGCCGGCCUAUUGAUCCCUUUGAACCGCUGCCGGCAGCAGGAGUACUACCUCCCUUGGAAGUGCGAGGAUGAGAGACACAGCUACGAGAAGUGUCAGUACGAGGAGUUCAAGAAGCGCGUCGCCAAGAUGGAAGAGCUCCGCGCCGCGAAGGGCGGUGCCCGCAGCAAUUGAUUCCGACAUUAACGGCAUCUUGUUUUUCGCGACGGACGAAGCAGCAUGUUAUGUACAUAGAGAUUGUGAGAUUGUUUGUCCAUGUACCGACUUUGGCGUUGGGAAUCCUUCUGGUCAAUCUUGCCGAUACCAUACUUUCUGAGGGCCAGAACUGGUAGCCCAUGGAUGGUCUUUUCAGUAGCUGGUCGCCUACUACCUGAAGUGCUGCUGAGAGGAAUGCCUGCGCAGCUUGAUGUACUGCCAGCAAUCCACAACAUAAGUAGGACAAGCAGACCUAUCCUAGCUGGAAGCAAUCUCGAGCAGGUCAGCCUGCUAACAUCGAGUCGGAAACGGACCACACUACUUUGUUCUUGCACGAAACCCUAGAUCUCAUUCUGCAGCCUCCCAUCCCCAUUGCGUAAAAAGCAAGGGGGGUGAGUCGUAUAUUCUCACUUGAACGAGGUCAACUACGGGCGAGAGACGUCAAAUU